AUGGCUGCGAAACUGAUUGAGCGACGUUUCCAUAAUGUCUCAGGCAAACUUCGUGUUUCUGAGCUGCUCUUCGAUGUCCCUGUGGACUACAACAAGCCUGCUGGGGACACGCUGAGGCUCUUUGCACGAAGCAUCAGUCGCUUGAACAAACCCAUUGAGCCUGCUAAGGAAGAGGGCAAAGAAGCCAAGGAGGGCAAGCUUCCUUGGCUGGUCUAUCUUCAAGGUGGCCCUGGCUUUGGAUGUGGUGCCCCGCAGUCUUACCCCUGGGUCGAAUUCAUGCUCAGCAAGGGAUACCAAGUGCUCUUUCUGGAUCAACGAGGCACUGGCCUCAGUUCGACUCUCACAGCGGGAACCCUUGCUCGUCAGGGAGAUGCAAUCAAGCAGGCCGAGUAUCUCAAGAACUUCCGUGCAGACAGCAUUGUCCGUGAUUGCGAAGCUAUCCGUGAUGUUCUGACACAGGACUAUCCGGCUGACCAGCGCCGGUGGAGUAUCCUUGGGCAAAGUUUCGGUGGCUUCUGUGCCGUGACUUACUUGUCAAAGUUCCCGGAGGGCUUGAGAGAAGCUUUCCUUACUGGUGGCCUUCCCCCCCUGACCAACGGGCCGGAUCCUGUCUAUGCGAAGACCUAUGAGAAGGUCAAGGAGAGGAACGAAGCUUACUACCAGAAGUUCCCCGAGGAUGUGGCCCGUGUUAAGAAUAUCAUGCAAUACCUGACCAAAAACAAGGUUGCAUUGCCAUCCGGGUUGCUCACUCCGGCUCGCUUCCAGCAACUAGGCAUCAUGUUCGGCUUCCACGGUGGUUUUGAUAGCCUACACGACAUUGUUUUCAGAGUCUCAAACGAUCUGGAGAUGUUCGGAUUCCUUACUCUGCCUACUCUUUCCGUGAUUGACAGUAAUGGCGGUAUGGACAAAAAUAUCAUUUAUGCCAUUCUGCAUGAAUCAAUCUACUGCCAAGGAAAGCCGUCGCUCUGGGCUGCAGACAGGCUGCGCGCUAGCAACCCGCAAUUCCAGAUCAAUGACUCGUUGUCCGAGAUCUACUUCACCGGCGAGAUGGUCUUCAAAGAUAUGUUCGAGUCUUACUCAGAACUCUCAAAGCUCAAAGAAGCAGCCGAAAUCCUGGCUACAACAGACGAAUGGCCGGACCUAUAUGACGAGGCUCAACUGGCCAAAAACAAGGUGCCAGUCUAUGCUGCAACCUACAUCGACGACAUGUAUGUUCACUUUGACCUGGCCACAGCCACUGCUGCCAAGAUCAAGAACUCCAAGCAGUUUAUAACCAACACCAUGUAUCACGAUGCGCUGCGCAGCAGGUCGGGUGAGGUUAUGCGUCAGCUCUUCAACUUGAGAGAGGACACAAUCGAUUAG